AAAGUGAUCGAAAAAGAUCUGAAAAGGUCGUUAAAAGAGAGAAAGUGGAUGGUUCAGAGUGCGUUUCGUUGUUAAAUCGGUAAAAAUCGUUUAGUUUUGUUUUUGUUGUGGUCCCCUUCGCAGAGCUUAUGCAAAUGUGCUGCUCUGCGCCGCUUGUGGCAACAAAUUGCACUCGAAGCUGAGGCUUUUAUGAAUGCUACUAAGUCGGAGUCGGAGUCUGAGUCCGGAGACGCAUCUGGUGGAGAAAGGAGGCGGGAGCAUCCAUCAAAAUGGUCUUCAGCUAUGCGUGCAUGGUGCUCCAGCGCAUCGUGGUGCCAGCGGUCCUGGUACUCGCUGCGCUGAUGCGACCAGUGGGCAUAUCCUUUGUGUACCUGCUGAUGUUCUUUAUUUCGCCCUUCGUGCCCCUGGCCACGCGUCGCAACUUUAAGGGAUCUGUGACGGCCUUCUUCAUCAUCCUGCUGGCGCUGAGCACGCUGGUCCUUUUGGGUCACAUAACGCUCCAGAUUCUGGCGUUGAGCCUUACGCUCCCUAUCUACAACUGCUCGUUCAGUGAGCACCUACUGCGACACAUUGGCUUCGUGAGCUUUAUUGAUCUGAGGGCAUUGGCCAUAAUUGAAUGGCUUGUGCCUGAGGUGCUGGUUUUCGCCACCUCCCUGGGAUCGUAUCUCACGGUUAAGCGAGUGGCCUCUCAGCCCGUCGGAACCGAGCAGUUGGAGAACGGAGAAGUGCCCGAUGGCCAGGCGGAAAAUGGCCAGUCCUCACAGGCACCUGCCACAGAUGCCAAUGGUGGAGAUGUGCCCCAGCCGACGGCCACCACGCCACUGCAGCAGCAGCAACAGCAGCUGAGGAAACGCGUGUCCAUGAUCAGCCAGCACAUCCACUUCGAGGGAUUGAUCAAGAUCUCUCCUCUGUUCUGCCUGGCCACGCUGUUCUUUGCUGCCGUGCUGCGUCCCUCGGUGCCCGGUGGUUUUUACUUUCUCAUUUUCCUGCUGGCCGGCACCUACUGGGCAACCUGCCAGACGCUGCAACGGGGCUUCGCGUUGUUGCUGCGCUGCGUGAUGGUCGUCCUCGUGCUGCACUCCCUGUCCAUUGUAUCCUACCAGACGCCGUGGAUGCAGAGCCACCUCAAUCAUACCACCCUGACAGCCCGCUUGAUUGGACUGGAACCGCUCAUUGAAUCCUACUGCAAGCCGGACCUACGAUACGUUCUGUACAAUACUACGCUGUCACUGGACUCAUAUCUCAAUCCCUUUGCCUUGUUUUUUGCCUAUUUCGCACUGGCCCUGACCACCAAGCAUCUCAUUAGGCCACGGUUGGUGCGCCAAAGUACGCGAAAGAGCCGUACAUCUCAACCGCUGGAAAGUGGAUCCACGGUGGCGCCCAGUGGCACUCAGCGGGGCCAUGACAUUCAGUUGGACUCCAUGGAACAGCGAUCGGAGCAGGAGAACAACACCACGUCCAUACUGGAUCAGAUAUCAUAUGGCUUCGUCAGCGUGGGAGGUUUUAUCUAUCAGAACAGCUAUAUAUUCACCAAUAUUCUGAUGAUGGCCUGGUCCAUAGUAUACCACAGUUGGCUGACUUUUGUCCUGCUGCUCUGGGCCAAUGUGCUGUGGAUGAUUCCGAACCAACGGAAGGCCAUGAUGCGAUCCAGUCCAUUCAUAGUCUUAUAUGCUGAGGCGCUCCUGAUUGCCCAGUAUAUAUACGGCAUGGAUUUGAACAACGAUGAACUGCCAACAAGCGUUCCCACAGCGGGCAUUAACCUGCAGCAAAUUGGCUUUGAACGACCCAUCGAGAACCAAAUGCGACCAUGUGUCCCACUGAUCGUGAAGACUGCCUUUGUACUGAUGUUUUGGGUGACAUCACGGCAGUUCUUCAAGGAGAAACGCGAUCGCCGGAGGGAUAGUACACUGGCGGAUAUCAUUGCGCCACUGCAAAUCACCGUGGGAUCGGCUGGUUCCAGCUACCUCAUCAACGAUGGCAAGAAGACCUCAAAGUUCCUAAAGAAGGCCGGCGAUGUGAUCAAGAAUCUACUGGUGCGCCUCUGGAUCUGGCUGCUGGUGCUGGUUAUCUUCCUGUGCGCGAUCACUGGCGAGAAUAUGACAGUCUUCCGCAUCUGCUACAUGGCCCUGUUCCUAUUCUUCUUGCUGGUCUUUCAAUCUUCGUCCAAGGCCUGGGUUAAGAUCAUGUAUGGCUUCUGGCUGUUUCUGAUCUUCUACGCCAUGACCAUACUCAUAUUGAUCUAUACAUAUCAGUUCGACAAGUUCGAAACAUACUGGAGAGACUAUCUUAAUGUGUCCUCUACACUACAAAAGGACAUUGGCCUUAAGCGCUAUCAGACUAAGGAUCUGUUCCUCCACUUGGUCUCGCCCACGAUAAUUGUGAUCUUGACCGUGAUCCAAGUGCACUAUUUCCACAAGCGCUUCAUCGCAUCGUUACAACAGCAGUCGGUGGCUGGUGGAUCGGCACAACAGAAACCCACGGAGACAACUGCCUUGGAACCGGCGCCAUCCAAGCGCCGUGGUAGCGCCGGUUCACUACGUCGAUCCCAGGGACCUUCGGCGGAGGCUGCUCCCGGAGCCACCACUGAUUUCGAGACAUCUGUGCGAGAUUUGGUGCGCAUAUCGUUCCGCAAGAUCAAGAACAAGUCGGAGUACAUAUUCAAGAACUUCAAGGACGUCUUCUGGCGCUUCCUGGAACUGCACAUCAUGAAGGCUGUCUACAUCGCAGCCUUCGUGUGCAGCGUCAGCGAAGUCUGCGUUCUGCACAUUGUCUUCGUGGGCUUCUGUGUGCUGGGCGCCACCUCGCGCAAGUCCGUCCAGGUUGUCAUCAGCCGCCUCAUCUCGUUCAUUGUCACCAUCAUAGUGCUGUCCAAGAUGAUCUAUCAGAUCGAGUACUUAAAUAACUCGCAGCUUAACGUGGUUUGUUCUGACAACCGGACCGCCAACAAUGUCGAAUGGAUUGGCCUCACCAAGGCCGACAAGGUAGAGGGUGGACUGAUGAGCCUGCUGCGCACCUACAUCAUCUAUAUGGUUAUUGUGACCAUGCACGCUGUGAUCACUCUCCGCCAGCUCCAAAUGCGCGUGAAGAUCGGAGCCGUAAAUGCACCGCCCACCAAGCUGUUGUUCCCCCAUAUUAUUCGGGCUGAUGCUGAGAAGGAUUUGGUGGGACUGGUCAAGUAUCUCCUCAACUUUGGCUUCUACAAAUUCGGUAUUGAGAUAUCGCUGAUCGCCCUGGUCUCCACCAUUACAUAUCGCCAGGACAUUGUGGCCGUCGCCUAUGCUCUGUGGCUAGUUGUGCUUCUGCUUCUGAGAAGAUCGCAAUGUGCCAAAAUCUGGGGAGUGUUCCAGGCCUUCUUUGCCAUUUCCAUAUUGACACAGUACAUAGUGCUGGUCGGACUGCCGCCGAGCUCAUGUCUGGUUUAUCCUUGGGAAGGCCCCUUUGGCGAGGGCAUUCAACGCUGGACAAUGCUGCCGGGAGCCCUGCACUUCAACCACGUGCCCAAGCUGAUCUUCGACUUCAUCGUCCUGGUCAUCCUGAACCGCCAGAAGAGCAUAUUCUGCAUCGAACAGCGUUAUGCGAGUAACGACGACUAUCCGGGUGGCAGCAACCGCAGUGUGAUUGCGGAUAUUGCCCAGCUAGGUCGCGUUCCCUUCGACAAUCCCACCCACGACUUUUGCUCGUAUAUACGCAACUACUCGGACAUCCUGAAGAACGGAGUGCUGUGCGGCUUCUACUGGUUCACCCUGGCGGUUGUUUUUCUGGCCGGUACCAAUAUUGCGGAUCUUCUGGCACUGGGCUAUCUGAUCGGAGCGUUCAUCUUCCUGUGGCAGGGAUCGGACUUCUAUCUCCGCCCCAUACACACCAUCAUCUUGCGCUGGAAGUGGCUGCUGGCCUUCAAUGUCUCCAAUAUACUCAUCAAGACGUCCUUCCAGAUGGCUGGAUGUCUGUACAUGAAGCAACUGACCAGUGGAUGCUGCUGGCUGGUGCACAUGCUAGGCAUCACAUGCACCAGCAGUGUGCCCAUAGAACAAAUAAUGCUGCCUGAGGAUGCGGUUUCGGUGUUGGAGCCCGGCGAAUGCCCUAAGAUCACCCACCAGGUGGUCCUGCUGUGGGACACGAUCUGCUUCGCCUUCAUCAUCUUCCAGCUGCGCAUCUUCAAGUCACACUACUUCUGCCACAUCAUCACGGAUACCAAGGCAAAUAAUAUCCUGGCCUCUAGAGGAGCCGACAUCAUUGAGAGCCUGCGGCAUAAACAGAUUGCCCAUCGUCAUGACCAUGAGAAGCAGGUGCUGCACAAGAUCAAGCGGAAGAUGGAGCGCAUCCGUGCCACGCAACAGAAGAUGCUCCGGCCCCUGGACAAACAGACCCACUUCGAUGGGCGACGCACGCCCACAGAGCAGGCCAUGUCCGAGGUGGCGCCCUUGGCCCACAACAGCAGCUUUACCUCCUGCCAGGGAUCUGGUUACCUGACCCCCGAUGAGCAUAGCUCCGCCAGCUCAGCAACUUCUUCGCCAGCAAGGGCUUCGAUCCUCUCCAGCAGUGACAGCAGUGUGGAGAGCGUGGACAGUGCCGAUGCUGCAGUGAUUAUCGAGCCGGAGAUCAAUGUGAUGCCUUGUGAGGAGGUCACGGACUAUGUGGAUGUGCAGUCGGUCAGCGAGGAGGAGACAACGGUGGCACUGCCCAGAAAUCUCUUGGAACCCUCUGAAGACUCUCAAGCUAAGGAAAAUGUUUUUAAAAGCCUGGAGUCCUUGAAGCCAACAACACCCAGUACGGAUGCCUUGUCCACCCUGCUCACCGAGGGAUUUUUGGAACCAAAGAGGAUAUCUCUGGGACUGGCUCCCUCGGAGGUUAGUGCACCAGUUGGCAUGCAAUCCCUGGCCCCGCCGAUGGCUGCCUAUGCCACAGCCAUGGCCUCUAGUGCCGCCAAUUCCGUGCCGUCCUCUAAUCUGACUCCGAAUCUACGCCGGCAGCAUCGCCGUCAGUCAUCAACCAAUGCGGCUGUUUCCUGGAACGAAACCGUCUCCAUUAAACGAUCCCCCAUGAAAAAGCAACUGUCUGCGGAUAAGGAGGAGGUGGUGACCAUGCGCCACAAGUUGCUGCAUCGUCGUCACCAAAGCAUGGGGAACGCCAGCUACUCAUUGGACGAGGCCUCCCAGUCGCAAUCGCAGCGCAAGCGCCUGUCCAGCAAUUUAUCCGGUUUCCGGGACGAAACCGCCCUGCGAUCCGCCCAAAGACCGCAUAGCUGGGGACCCGUGGGUACGGCCUCCUAUAUGGAGUCGCUGAUGUGCGCCUUCUACGAGCCCGCACUGCUGCAUGGACCAUCCACACGUGCUGGUGAUUACUACAUGUUCGAGGAGAUGGAUGAUAAGUUUGAACUUGACCUGAUACACGACGAGAUUGAUUUUCUGGAGGAGGAGAACAUCACCGAGAGCGAGAUGAAGAUGCAGCGCCGCAAGACCCUCUACGACGUGUGGAAGGAUCUUAAUGACGCCGAGUACCGUCGCCACUUCUAUAUGCGUGAGCGAUCCUAUGCCUCAGAGCCGGGUUCUCGCAUAGCCCUGAAGUUGGACGACGAGAAGGAGAAGGUUGGCCACGAUCUGGGCCUAACCACCGACGACGAUGAGGAUGACGAUACCAUUGAAUGCGAUCUGGGCAUGCGCACCUCGACGCUGUCCGAACCGCUUGAUUUUGGUCGUCGCAGCCAGUCGCUGCUCGAGGUUAAGUCGAAGGAUGCUCCCACUGGUGAAUUCCCCUCUACCAGCAAGGGCAUCUCCAAGGAACGCGAUGCGGCCACAGCUUCCAGUUCGGCUAGUCCAGCGCCCACCAGGGAUGUGGGUGAUCUCCCGGUGAUACCACCACCUUCUACUGCCCCGCCACGUGAGGCCACCUCCAAGGAGACUUCCGACAGCAAGUCCAAAAUGGAAGUGGAUAGCGGCGAGGUGACGGCCAAGGAUUCGGAUGAGGACUUUGAUACCAAUCCUAUUAUCAGACUGCUCGAGGGCUUCUUGGUCACGCUGACCAUAAGACUGAACCGCUUCUCGCGCAACUAUCGCUUUGUGAAUCGCAUCCUGGCCGGCGAGAAGAAGACCCUCAAGGAAUCCAGCUCGCUGAAUCGCCUAGGGCUGUCCAGUGCCGCUGCCAUGUUCCACUUCCUCAAGUCAAAUCUCGAGAGCGAUGAAAGUGACCCGCCCGCCUCCUCAUCCACACCUCGGCGGGUGGUGAUCUCCCCACAGAAUGCCACCGAGCACUCAGACCCCACCAGCACCACACUGAACACGAACACAACAACCACACCGCUAUCACCACCCGAACCACUGCAACCACCAACUACAACCAGUACACCACAGCAACAGCAUCAGCAUAUUCGCGUUGCCGACGAAAUCAUCGAACUGCCUGUAGAUACCGUUGAUGGAGUCAGCCAUAGAAAACAAUCAAUCAAUUCAUCGCCGCCAGCCAAGGGCACGAUGCUCAGUCGAAAAUCGGACUGUGGCCUGCCUGAGAUACGCAUUAAAGCGCCCUCUGUCGAGCGCGGUGCACAUUAUUACCAUAAUCACCACAGCGGCGGUGGCUCAGGAUCCUUGAGCAAACACUGGUCCUACGAACAGGUGGACAGCGCGGGUGAAUUUAAUCUGGAGGAGGAGAACUUUGCCCAGCGAGACCACCAUAUCAUUGUGGAGGUGCUGAUCUCCUCGUGGUACGCUCUUUUGGCCAAUACGGAUCUCAUUUGCUACAUUGUGGUGUUCGUCAAUCAGGUGGUCAAUGCCAGUCUUAUCUCCCUGCCGCUGCCCAUCAUGGUCUUUUUGUGGGGCACCUUGUCUCUGCCACGUCCCACGAAAACCUUCUGGGUCACCCUGAUUGCCUACACCCAGGCCAUUGUCCUGAUCAAGUGCAUCUUCCAGUUCAAACUGAUCUGGUCUAACUACCACCAACUGCCCAAUCAACCGCUGACACCUGCCAAAAUCUUUGGCGUAGAGAACAAAGCCCACUAUGCGAUAUAUGACUUGAUUCUGUUGUUGGUCCUGUUCCUGCAUCGCUAUCUUCUGAAAUCGCAGGGCUUGUGGAAAUCGGGCUAUAAGGAUACGGAUAACCAGUUCACCAAACCCACCGCUAGCAUUGAUGAUCGCGAUGAUAGCGACAAUCUAUCGCAACCCGACUCCCGCCAGCUGAACGAUGAUGCUGCUGCUCAGAAGUUGAGUCUCCAAGUGAGUCAGGCCUCUUUGCCAGGUUCACCAGAGUUCAGCAAGACUGGCAUCAAUCAGCUAGAACGCACCAAGUACACCUCUUCGCUGUACAAGUUCUUCUUUAGUCUUGUCCACAAAUCCCGCCUAGCCACAGAUGUUUAUGCCCUGAUGUUCCUCUGCGAUUUUGUGAACUUCUUUGUGCUGCUCUUUGGUUUCACUGCCUUUGGAACCCAACAAACGGAAAGCGAUGAGGGAGUCCAGACUUAUUUGGCGGAAAACAAAGUGCCCAUACCAUUCCUGAUCAUGUUGCUGGUUCAGUUCCUGCUCAUCGUUAUAGAUCGAGCUCUGUACCUGCGCAAGGCUCUGGUGAACAAGAUCAUUUUCCACUUCUUCUCGGUGAUUGGAAUACACAUCUGGAUGUUCUUCGUGGUGCCGGCCGUUACGGAGCGAACUUUCAAUUCCCUGGCACCACCAAUCAUUUUCUACGUGAUCAAGUGUUUCUACAUGCUGCUAAGCUCUUAUCAAAUCAAAUCGGGUUACCCCAAGCGCAUUCUGGGCAACUUCUUCACCAAGGGCUUCUCAAUGGUCAAUAUGAUUGCCUUCAAGGUGUACAUGCAGAUUCCGUUCCUGUACGAGCUGCGAACAAUUUUGGAUUGGGUGUGCAUCGACAGCACAAUGACCAUAUUUGACUGGCUGAAGAUGGAGGACAUCUUCUCGAAUAUCUAUCUGAUCCGCUGCACCAGGCAGUCGGAGACUGAUUUUCCAGCCAUGAGAGCCCAGAAGAAGGCGUCCCUUUCCAAGCUGAUCAUGGGUGGAACCAUUGUCCUGCUGAUUGUGAUCUGCAUCUGGGGACCUCUGUGCCUGUUUGCCCUGGGCAAUGCGGUGGGCACCUCGAAUGUGCCCUACCACGUGUCGCUGUCGAUUCGAAUUGGACCCUAUGAUCCCAUCUACACAACGAAUAACUACGAUAGUAUGUUCGCGAUCAAUUCCGAAAUGUACUCUCAAAUGACCAACGCGUACCUAAAGGAGAAACAGGCACUGACUUUUAUUGCUGGAUAUGAUCCAACGGAUGUAGCGGCUGUUAAGCUUGCAGGAAACUCGCCAUCCCUUUGGAACAUAGCACCGCCGGAUAGGCAGCGGUUGCUAAAUGAUUUGAGAAACAAUCACACACUGAAUGCCCGCUUUUCCUAUUCCCUCACCCGAAAGGCUCCCGCCAAGGGAUUAAAGGAAAGUGUUGGUGAUGAGCAUGCCAUUUCCCUGGACGAAUCCUUCGAGGGCCGAGCAGCACUUAUACACAUGCUUAGCGAAACUCAUGACGUGGCGCCACUUCACAGUAAUACUACAACCAAUGGAACUAUUACUCCCGAAAUCGAGGAAGUAGUCGUGAUACCAGGCAUGAUACCCAAGUUCAUAAAAGUUCUCAACUCUGGCGACGCUGCUGUGGUUGGUGUGUUGAGCGAAAAACACCACGAGUACCGACCGUUGGUUAUCAAAAUGCAUCGGGACAACGAGACCAAUGGAUUGUGGUGGGAGAUACGGGACUUCUGCGACGAUAACUUCUACAACGAAACGCUGUCCAAGUUUGCCUACAGCAACUGCACUUCGGGUAUAGUGAUGUAUACAUUCAACGAUAAGAAAUUCCCAUCGACGUUCAGUUUCCUCACAGCCGGAGGCAUCAUUGGUUUGUACACCACCUUUGUGUUAUUGGCCUCGCGCUUUAUGAAGUCCUUCAUUGGUGGUCAGAACCGAAAGAUUAUGUUCGAGGAUCUGCCUUAUGUGGACAGAGUGCUGCAACUUUGUCUGGAUAUUUAUUUGGUACGCGAGGCUUUGGAAUUCGCUCUGGAAGAAGACCUGUUUGCCAAAUUGCUCUUCCUGUACCGAUCGCCCGAGACGCUAAUCAAGUGGACCCGUCCCAAGGAGGAGUACGUGGACGAUGACGGCGACACCGACUCGAUUCCCAGCCGAAUGAGUGUGCGCCGGCCCGAGCAGCUGCAGCCGCAGCAACCACAAUAACAUAGGCCUAACCCAAACGCUUAAGUAAUCUAGAGUUUGUUUACGUAUUUAGUACGUAUUGCGUUAUCGUAGGUUUCAUAGUCUUUUUUAAACAUUUUUAUAUGAUGGAAGAACACACAAAUCGAAACACAAAAGUACACAUCACUCAUUUAUACAGUCGUUCGAUUUUUUGUCAAAAGUACUGCCCGUGUGUGAAACUGUGUAUUUAGUUUUAAGUAAGCGAAAAGUGUUGAUGUUUGUUAGUUUAAACAAAUGAAAAUACUAGUAAAUUGCCUAAACAAACAAAAUAAUUUAUUUAAGUUACUUCUAAAAAAGUGUAAAAAUGGAAGAAUAAGAUCGGAAGAAUAAUAAUAAUAAUAUUAAUGAUGAAAACUCAUAUUCAGGGAAUUUAGCAUUUUACAGAAACCGUAAUAUAAUAACUAAAUUAAAGCAUCCGAGUUAUUAAGUAAUAAUAACUUUAGCGCCUAGAUAAUUGAUGUUUUAUAUUUAUACGAAUCGAAAAUAUCACUUAAUAUUAACCAUAUUGCAUCGAAUCGCAUACAUUUCUAAGCUAUUUGCCUAUGUGUGCCCUUUACAAAACUGAUUAAAAAUAUUAAGUAUAUGUUACUGAUUGUUAUAAAACUAAAUCUAAACUAAAUCGAUAUAUGUUGCAUAUAUAUAGAGCGUUGACUUUAGUUAUAGGCAUAUCACGUGACAUAUUUUUGUAUUGAAUGCAAAUAUCAUUUGCUUAAGCAACUGUUUUCAAGGCGAAUUCAUAUCAAAAUUUAAAAUCUUUGCUAUACCGCGUCUGCUUUGAAGGACAUUGAUCGAACACACAAAUAUCUCCCAUAUGCAAUCUCUUAAAAUUAGUAAACGCCAACUAACUCUGUAUGUUCUAUUUUACAUAUAUAUAUCGAAAUGGAGUACGAAAAAUUGUAGAGUCGAAUAAAGAUUUGUACCAAGAAACGAAAAACUUAAAACGUAAAUAUAAUAUGUACCUAUUUUUAUAGUUUAAUUUCCAAUAUAAGCUUAAUAACUACGUGGAAUACUUACAAACUAAAAUAAAGAAUCGAAAUUGA